AUGGAAGGUGUUGACCCCGAACGCGAACAAGCCCUCGAGGAAUACAAGAAGAGCCUCCUGGAGUCAAGAGAAUGGGAAGCAAAGCUGAAGGAUCUCCGGCUGGGUAUAAAAGACCUUCAAAAGGAGUUUGACACCACAGAGGAUAAUAUCAAGGCGCUGCAGAGUGUUGGCCAGAUCAUCGGCGAGGUUCUAAAGCAGCUAGACGAGGAGAGGUUCAUCGUCAAAGCCUCUUCGGGUCCCCGAUAUGUCGUCGGCUGCCGCUCAAAAGUCGACAAGGCAAAGCUAAAACAAGGCACCCGCGUCGCCCUCGAUAUGACCACCCUCACAAUCAUGCGCAUGCUGCCCCGCGAAGUCGACCCUCUGGUCUAUAAUAUGUCUCUCGAAGAUCCAGGGCAGGUCAGCUUUGCAGGAAUCGGUGGCCUGAACGACCAGAUCCGAGAACUGAGAGAGGUCAUUGAGCUGCCACUGAAGAACCCGGAGCUGUUUUUGCGUGUGGGUAUAAAACCGCCCAAGGGUGUACUUCUGUACGGGCCGCCGGGGACGGGGAAGACGCUGUUGGCCCGAGCUGUUGCGAGCUCGCUGGAGACCAAUUUCUUAAAGGUUGUCUCCUCCGCCAUCGUAGACAAAUACAUCGGCGAAUCCGCUCGCCUAAUCCGCGAGAUGUUCGGCUACGCCAAGGAACACGAACCCUGCAUCAUCUUCAUGGAUGAAAUCGACGCCAUCGGCGGCCGCCGCUUCUCAGAGGGUACCUCUGCCGAUCGCGAAAUCCAACGCACACUCAUGGAGCUCCUCAACCAACUCGACGGCUUCGAUUACCUGGGUAAAACCAAAAUCAUCAUGGCGACCAACCGGCCGGAUACGCUUGACCCUGCGCUCCUGCGAGCUGGGCGGCUGGAUCGGAAAAUCGAGAUCCCCUUGCCGAAUGAGGUUGGGCGGUUGGAGAUUCUGAAGAUUCAUGCGAGUGGGGUUGCGAUUGAGGGCGAAAUUGAUUUUGAGAGCAUUGUGAAGAUGAGUGAUGGGUUGAAUGGGGCCGAUUUGAGGAAUGUGGUUACGGAGGCCGGCCUCUUCGCCAUCAAGGACUACCGGGAUACGGUGAACCAGGACGAUUUCAACAAGGCUGUUCGCAAGGUUGCGGAGUCCAAGAAGCUGGAGGGCAAGCUAGAGUACCAGAAGCUGUAA